UCUGUCUGUGUUCUUACCUUAGAAAUGGCAAAUAAAAUGAAAUGAAAUACAUAUUACCCUUAAUAUACAUGCACUGAAUUGUGUUUUGGUAAAUGGUUGAAACAAAUGUUGAAUUGAAUUGAAUGACCACCAAAAGGGGGAGGGCCAUGCAUCCCACUCUGACCCCGCCCCCUUACCCAACAGGUAAGGAGGUACUGUUAAGAACUAAGUGUCCCCUUCAGAAAGUGGGGCCACCCAAUGCACUCUGGAUUUAUAUGUACUGAAUAUAUAAAAUAGUGGGCUACAAUUGAUACCCAAGAACUGAGGAAACAAAACAUGUUGACAAUGUGGGAGUGGAUCAUUUCAUAUUGAAGUCAACUUUUGAUACUUUUAUCCAUUCAUAUAGGUUCAACAAAAAACGUGUCUCAUCAAGUGGUCAAGAUGGCAUCUAAUGUCACAGCUCAAUCAGUGUUGCAGAAGAUUAGUGUGGAUCAUCUAGAAUGCUCCAUCUGCACCAACCAUUUCAGGCAGCCCAAACUGCUGGACUGUUUGCAUAGUUUUUGUCUGCAAUGCCUCCACGGUCUGAGACAGAGCCAAGAUCCUAGUGGUACCGGUACAAAGCUGCAAUGUCCUCUAUGCAGACGUGAAACCAUGUUGAAAGGGUCUGGGGUUGCUGAUCUCCCUAAUAACUUUGCAUUCAGUGCCCUGGUGGAGGAAGUUACAAUGCAGAAAAAGCUACUGGAAGGUCAAGGGUCAGACAUCAAAUGUCAAGCCUGUGAUGAGGAAAAUCAGGCAAUUUCAAGAUGCAUGGAUUGUGAUCAUUUCCUCUGUCAAGAAUGUCAAAAGGCUCAUGGACGUAUGACUGUCAUGAAAACUCAUAAAAUCUAUACAAUGGCUCAACUUCGUUCAGGAGAGAUUGUCUACAAGAGUAAACUUAGAGAAGAAGUUCCCAAAUGUGGCGAGCAUCCAGAUCAGAAUCUGAAUGUCUACUGCAACUUAUGUGAGCAAAUCAUAUGCAUAACUUGCUCUGUACUUGAUCAUGCAAAACACUCACUCAUUGGAUUAACUGAGGCUGCAGAGAAAUGUAAGAAGAAGGUCACAGAAAUGGUUCAAAAAAGUGAGAGCAGAAAAACAGAAUUGAGCACAACCAUAGAAGAGACCUCAAAAUCUCAAAAAGAGCUGGACACCAUGUUUGCCAACACUCAAAACAAAAUCUCCAAAAAGGCUCAACAAGAGAUUACAAAGUUCAAGCAGGAGAUUGCAAAGAUCCAAAAGGAAGAACAGAAAUUGUUGAAAGAAACAGACAUGAUUUAUAAAGACAAACUCAAAGCUCUUGAAGCUGCUCAAGCAACCAACAGCAAAGAGGUGUCACAGACAGAGCACAAGCUGGAGGAGGUCAAACAACUCAUGAAUCAAGCAAGUUGCUACGAGAUUCUUGAACUUCAGCAGAAACUCUUGCAUAACCUUAGUGAAUUGACAGGGAAACAGCCACAGCAAGUUCCUGACAACUUUAACUUCAUGGACUUUGAAGAAGGUGAGAGGUCACUUGGGAGACUCAUUCUGGAGGAGCCACGGGCUGCAGAAAAGCUAAAGCUAAGACCUGCAAGAUCAUGUGUGAAGGAGAAAUGGGAACUGAAGACUGAAGUCAAGAACUUUGAAUUACCAAAUGCAUUUAUAACACAUGUUGAAGCACUCUCCAACAAUAAAGUAAUGGCACUCUCUAUUAAAUCAAACAUAUUAUUCCAUAAAACCAAUAUGUCACCUACCAUACAUCCAAUCAUCACAGUCUCACUGCCGGGAAGUCAACAUGAGAGAACUCCAAUUCCACAAAGGCUGCAAAUCAAUGGCCUCACCAAUGUAAUGUGUAUUGCAGUGAGCAAGGAUGACAAGCUCCUUGCUCUAGAUGGUCCAGUAGUCAAGGUCUUCAACAAGCAACAUCAGCUCCUCCAUCAGUUCACACCAGGUAGAGGGUCAGACAGCCAACCAACAUGCCUUGCAGUGGAUGACAGCAAUCUGAUAGCAGUGGCUUACAAAGGCAAGAAUGAGAUAUCUCUACACAACCCAGAUGGAUCCCUCAUCAGGAGACUGCCUGCUCCUAGGAUUGCAAAUUGUCUGACAAUGUACAAUCAGUGCCUUAUCUACUCAUGCUACCCAACAUGGUUCAACAAAAUGUUGUUAUGUGUAGACUACUAUGGUGCCAGUGUAUUCUCAGUAGACAUGACCAGUAUGCAGAGGGGUUUGUUCCCUAGUGGUGUGUGCUGUGACAGUGAUGGCAGCAUCUAUGUUGCUGUGUGCGGACAUCCAACAGGUGACAUUCUGCAUUACAGUCCUGAUGGCAAGUACAUUGGAUGUGUCAUCAAGGGAUGUGGUUCUCCACGUGGCAUCACAUUCACAUCAGAUGGUGAUCUGGUAGUGGCUGCAGGACAGUCUGUAAAGGUCUAUCACCGAGUGUAAGGACAGAUUAAUUAAACUGGGGCUAUCCAGUGUAUCCACCAACCACUUGCAU